UACGUCACUAAACACUGAACAAUCUUCCUUCGAGCAGAAAGUACGGAAAUUCGGGUUCGACGGAAUCGCAAGAGCAGUGACAAUAACGCGGAAGCUAGUCAACUCCGUCUGCUAGUCAGCUAAGGAAAUUCGACUAAUCUCCGAGGCUUUCUUAUUACUCAAUUUCAAUUCAACGCCCUUCGACUCGUCCACCAGCACAUACGGUCGCUCGUUCGUUGUUUGUUUCUCACAGUCUCACAACGGUAGAGUGUACAUACAAGAAAUUGCAGGCAUGUCGAAUUCGAAGGUAGUCUGACGGCUGACGCUGUCAUUUCAUGACGUGAAUGGGGGCAGAUGCGUGUACACAAGUGAAACAUUUAUUUACUUAAUAAGGAUUUGACUAUUGGUGGAAUUUUUUCGAGUCUUAGUUUUGACUGAGCAUUAUUAUUAUUAUUUUUUUUUCUUUUUAUUUAAAAAAUAAAGGAACUCCGUAUCAUUACUCGAAAUUACGUAAGUUUUAGUUGGUUCUACGGUCAACGAAAAUAAUCACAGAUUAUACCGUCGCCAGCUCGCGAUGUCAUAUUCAAUCAACAGGCGUCCCUUGCUGGCGGGAGUUAGCGAUAGUGAAUUCGAAGAUGAUUUGACCGAAGUUGACGACCCGAGCGUCGUCAUAAGGGAUGAAAAACCGCUUUUCAAGCCACACGAACCCUUGGACAAAUACAAGUUGGCGUAUAUAAUUUUUUACUUCCUUGGAAUGAACACAUUGAUACCGUGGAGUUUUUUCGUCACUGCUAACGAUUACUGGAUGUACAAGUUCCGUGAAAUCCAUGUAAACAAUACUGGAAGGCAUAAUUAUACUCAUACAGAAAAUUUAGAGAAGAGAAAUGACCUCCAGGCGAGUUUCACAUCCUAUCUCAGUGUGGCUAGCGCGAUACCAAAUACGCUUUUCCUGGUGGUCAACACGUUCAUAAGCAAAAAAAUGUCUCUCAGGAUGCGGAUGGUCGGCUCUCAGUUCAUAGUAUUUCUGUUGUUCCUCUUAACAACCGCACUUAUCAAGGUCAACACAGAUGAAUGGCAGAAUUUAUUCUUCAUAAUCACGUUAACAACCGUUGCAGCUAUCAAUGCUUCUUGCGCUAUUUUCGGAGGAAGUUUAAUGGGGAUAGCGGGGCGAUUUUCGUCCGGUUACAUAACGGCGAUGAUGGGUGGCCAAGCUUUAGGCGGAAUUUUCACAGCUCUUGCUGAAAUCGGUUCCCUCUGGAUAGGCGCCAGUCCCGUUCUUUCAGGUCUGGUGUACUUCAUCAUAGGGGAUGUGAUGCUGUUUCUCUCGUUAGUUGCUUACAUGAUCCUUGAGAAGGCAGUGUUUUUCAAGUACCACAUGCUUGAAGAUUCCUCAGAGUCGUUAAUCGCAUCUGACAGAGAUAACCAUAUUCCUGGUGGAAAUUCUCAGGAUGUCAGUUACAAUGAGGGAACGAUAUCUUAUUUCAAGAUUUUCAAAAAGAUCUGGCACUACGGCUUAAGCGAAGCAAUUACAUUCUUAGUUACCAUAGCUGUUUAUCCAGCAGUUACUGUACUCGUAGACAGUCAGAACAAAGGACAAGGUCAUGCAUGGAAUGAUAUAUACUUCAUCCCGGUAGUCGCCUACCUUUUAUUCAGCAUAGGUGAUUACGCAGGGAGAAUAUUGGCAGGACUUUUAGAAUGGCCAAAGAACAGACCGUGGGUAGUGAUAUUCCUAAGCAUUAUCAGAGCCGUUUUCGUACCAGCGAUUAUGGUGUGUAAUGCACAUCCCCGGCAUCAUCUUCCCGUUUACAUAACUGAUGACAUUGAUUACAUCUUGAUAACCAUGGGCUUUGCCUUCACUAACGGUUACCUUUGCAACAUUGUUCUAAUAUUAACGCCGCUCGUCGUAGAACCAGAGGAAAAAGAAAUCGCCUCUGCAAUGAUGGGUGCCUUUUUGGGUGCAGGGUUAACGAUAGGUUCAAUUGUUAGCCUGGGAAUGGUGAAAUUACUGUGAUUAAUCUUUUUAAGAACACCGCUGUAUUCGAUAGGCUGUCAAGACCUAAUGAUCAACUGGACUUUGGGUACAAUAAUUGUCUUUCGGGAGGAUUAUUUGACGUCCGAGUUCUUUUACAAACAUUGGAAAACGAAAAGGGAAAUGUGAGAGAAAAAAUUUGAUUCUAUGACAGACUGCCGUAUCAAUAUUAGUAUUGCUAUGAUAGAAUAAAUUAAAGAAGCGU